AUCACCGAACGGGCGUGCACAAUUCUGACAACAUCAUCACAAUUCACCUCACUCUCUCACUCACUUACUCGCGGUACUUUGAACACAACCAUCCCCUUCUCUUACCUUCGUAUCGGCGCUGCCUGCUGGGCUGCUUCUUAUAUGUAGCCAGCUGGAAAGACUGCAGCCCCCCUCUCUCGCAACUCGCACCCAACUUGACCGCAUACAGUCACGCUCUGCACUCUCAGCUGCUCAUCCGCGCCACGACUCACGUUGGACGCGCGACUUCCGCUCGACUUGCAACCUCGAUUGGGAGCCCAUCCAACGCACGCGCCUUGCUUCGAAGGACCAGCUCUUUGGGCCCUUGCAACAUCCGCCUCCCUCACAACGACAGGUCAAAGUUCUGUUCGGAUCACACCGCAGCUCUGUGCGCUCGGAUCAUACGAGGGCCGUCGCACCUCAGGCGAGCAGCAAUCACAAGGGCCAGACUAGCACACGCGCGCGCCGACCAUGUCACGAUCCUUCUUUGCUCCUUCUGGGGUAGAGUCAUCUAGCAGCAGUAGCGGUGGAGACAGAGGAGCCUCACCUCCCUCAGAUUCUUCCAGAGCGCCAUUCUUGAGCAACAAGGAGGCGGCGACGACGUUGAAUUUGGGCAACGAUGCUGCGGCGACUGGUGCGAACGGUAUCUCGUCGGAUAGACAGGACAAGAGCGCAUUAGCCACAGCUGGCGCUUUACCCCCCAUCCUCGCUUAUUGCACUGCAAGCAUUCUCAUGACUGUCAUCAACAAGUACGUCUUGUCGACACGCUUCACGCUCAACAUGUUCGUGCUCCUCAUCCAAUCCCUCGUCGGGGUGAUUCUGGUUCGAGCGGCCAAAUCGACAGGAGCGAUUCAGUUGAGAGACUUUAUUUCCAAAGAUGCCAAGAAUUGGUUCCCCAUCAGCUGCCUGCUCGUCCUCGUCAUUUGGACCGGUAGCAAAGCUUUGCAAUUCCUCAGCAUUCCAGUGUACACCAUCUUUAAGAAUCUCACCAUCAUCCUCAUCGCAUACGGCGAGGUGUUCCUCUUCAACGCUCGCUUGACACGCAUCAUUCUCCUGUCCUUUGGCUUGAUGGUGCUCUCCUCCAUCAUUGCCGCAUCGGCCGACAUUGCUCGGGUACUGGACCUAGCCGACCUAAGGAUGCCACACAAUGCCGACUCUCUGGAUGCGGUGAGCCGCCUUUCAGCCGGCCACGAGGUGGGAACAUCGGAUCCUCUUGCGGGUAUCAAAGCUAGCGUCAAUGCUCUAGACGCGCCAGAUAGCGAAGGUGAAGGAGUGCUGGAAGCGAUGGGCGGAUGGCACAUUUUCAACUCGGGCUACGUCUGGAUGGCCCUCAACUGCACCGUCUCGGCCGCAUACGUCCUCUUUAUGCGCAAGAGGAUCAAGUCAUUUGGCUUCAAGGAUUGGGAUACCAUGUACUACAACAACCUCCUCAGCGUGCCCGUGCUGAUCGUCAUGAGUCUGUUUGUCGAAGAUUGGAGCGUCGCAAACUUUGAAAAGAAUUUCCCGAGCGACAGGCGCACCUCGCUGAUGACGGCCAUCGUGUUCAGCGGAGCUUGCGCCGUGUUCAUCAGCUACACGACGGCAUGGUGCAUCAGGGCGACGAGCAGCACGACGUACAGCAUGGUGGGAGCGCUGAACAAGCUUCCAUUAGCUCUGAGCGGAAUGGUGUUCUUCAACGAUCCCGUCACUACGGGGAGCACCACCGCCAUUGGCACCGGAUUCUUGGCUGGCUUGGUCUAUGCGUACGGCAAGAAUCAACAAGCGGAAGCGGGACGGCUUGCCAGUGCGAACGGAGCGGCCAACCACGGUGCAUCAUCAAGCUUGGAAGAGAGGGACGAGUUCAAGGGAUCCUUGCCCAUGCAUCAGAGAGAGGGAGGCGCAAAAGGUCGCGUAGAAUGAAGAGCGGGCGGGGAAGGGGCUGCACAGAGAGGCGAAGGAGCGAGGUGCAAGGCGGAGUCGCGCAACGAUGCGAUGUCACUUGAUGCUUGCGCUCUACCAUUCGAUCGACGGGCUAUCCGAGUGGACGGCUCCUUUUAGUGCGAUCGAUAGGCGUCGGACGUCGAUGCAGAGGCCCGCUCGACGAAUGCAUCCUUUACUUAUCUCGAACAAGGUUCUCGCUGCUGUGAUGCGACUCGUUGCCCACUUUGGCCCGAGCUCAGCUCGAACUCGUUAGCACUUGCCAAGGACGCAGAGCGGCCCGUUUGUGAGUUUGAGAGGGGGCGAGGCGGAAUUCAUGUACGCGCAUAUCAUCCCCAACCUGUGCACUGGCCUUUACUCGCCAC